AUGAAGUGGCAGUCUAUCAUAACGCUUCUCAGUUACAGCUGUCUUGCCCUCGCAGCAGGAAACGGCCCUUACGAUGCUUCCCACUCAGCAGACCCCUCCCUCCCCAAACACACCAUCUACAUGCCCAACACUCCGCCAGAGAACGUCACCCUCCCAGUCCUAAUCUGGGGAAACGGGGCAUGCUCCGCCAACGGAACCCUCUUCGGCAAUUUCCUCACCAACAUCGCCUCCUACGGCUUCAUCGCCAUUGCCUCGGGUGCGCCCAACGGGCACGGAACGACGGACGUCCAGCUCAUGAAAGACGCAUUGGACUGGAUUGAGAAGACGGCUGGCAAGCCGGGAACUAAGUAUAAGAAUGUUGAUACCGCGAGACUCGCAGUUGCGGGACAGAGUUGUGGGGGGCUGGAGACGUACCAGAUGCGAGAUGAUCCGAGGGUGAAAUAUCUUGGGAUUUUCAACUCCGGGUUCGUGGAUAUGGGACUUAUAGGGGGGAUUAUUGGGAUGCCGAAUGAGAGUCCGGAUACCAUCAAGGAGGUGAAGAAGCCGGUGUUUUACUUUUUGGGUGGGCAGGAGGAUAUUGCGUAUAAGAAAGGCAUGGCGGAUUAUAAGGCUCUAACUGGAGUGCCGAAAUGGGUGGGAAACUUCCCUGUUGGGCACAUGGGCACUUAUGCGCAACCUGAAGGGGGUGCUUUUGCGGUGGCUGCUGUGAACUGGCUGUCAUGGGUGCUGAAGGAGGAUCCCAGCAAGGAGAAGUGGUUUACUGGGGGUGGGGCUCAGAAGGCUGGCUGGAAGGAGGUUGACAGUGAGGGUUUGGACAGUCUCCUGUCGGCUAAGACUUGA